AUGGAAGCUUUAGGAAUUCUCAGGUUCUGGAGAAACGCCGGCGCCGGCGCAAGCGCCGUCUCCAUCCCCGGCGUGUAUCUCGCGCGGAAUCCUGUUUCCGGCACCGACGAAGAAGAAACGGACGACGAUGAUUCGUUCUUUGAUCUGGUUAUCAGGUCGCCGGAAUAUGAAAUUGUUGCCAAAAAUCGCAACGAAGGUUUGAAGGAUAUUUUAAUGAGAAAAAACGAUUAUUCGAGCUCCAAGCCUCGAUCACCGGUCAGCAUCCUCCGGCGGGGCCCCAAAUUCAAGGUUUUCAUUCAAGGAUUCAGAAAACAGCGGAGGCGCGAGAAAAAUGGUCCGAUCGCGGUUGAGUCGAAGGCCAACCAGGUGAAUCGGCUCAGGGGAUCGUCGAAGCUUGAGCAAAGCAACCGAUCCGCGGCGAAAACCGGAUCGGAAGCGUCGUUCGGUCCGGUUUUCCCCAGGGAUAACAGUUUGCGAACUAAAAUGCUGAAAGAGAGCUGCGAAUGCGGCGCGUCUUCCGACGUCCUCGCCGUUGGGGAGAAAUCGGUGCCGAGGUACAUGAAGCUGAUCAAGCCUUUCUACGCGAAGGCUGCGAGCAAGGCGAGGUCGUCAGAAUUUUCUACGCCGUCGUCUUCUCCGUUGACGGCGCCGGCGAAUCUGUCGCCGAGGAAGUUCUGCGAGGUUAGUAGGGUGGGGAGCUUCAAGGUCAUCACGAGGGGAUUGGGGAAGAGCCGGACAGCGUCAGCGGCGGGCCGUGGGAAGAGCCGACCAGCUUCGGCGGCGGACGGCCCGCCGCCGCUCUGUCGGAGGGACGACCUCCUGAUGGAGCAGCACGAUGGAAUCCAAGGCGCCAUUCUUCACUGCAAAAAGUCCUUUAAUAAUUCUUCAUACCAAGAAAUAUCGCAAUUAUCUCGUGCGGCGAGCGACAACUCGCGCGAGAAAAUGAGGAGAAAUACGUUCGAUGAGCAAAAACGUUGCAGCAUUUGA